AUGAGUGCCUCUUCAAGAAUCGUCCGCAAUGCGGCGCAAACAUCAUCUCUCAUGACUAGUGCUCGUGCCUUUCCUCGAACCGGUCCUUCCUCCGCAUACACCGCAUACCUCCGUCGCAAUACUCGAAACUUGCCAACGCACAUUCCCGCCCUGGCUAUUUUGAUUCCUCGCCGUGGAGUUUCGACCGAUACACAUACUUCAAGCGGGCCUCCCGCCGGGCCUCCGCCAGGGUUCAAUGCCGAACAAGCCAAGAAGCCUCUCAAGGACAAUAACGUCAUCAAGGCGCCCUCCAAGGAGGCCGCAAAAUUGGGCGAGAAGCCGGGGAUAGGAUUGACUCCUAACGAUGGACCCACGGCGGUUCCCAAAACAGAUGCUACGGAGGCGGUGUCAUUGUCAGAGCUAGCUGGGGCAAAGGAGAAGGGAGUUAAGAAGAAGGAGGAGAAGAAAUUGACCCUGAUGCAAAAAGUCAAAAAGGAGGUGUUGCAUUACUGGGACGGGACCAAGUUGCUGGCAACCGAAGUCAGGAUUAGUACUCGACUGGCCGCGAAGAUGAUGGCGGGCUACGAACUCAGCCGGAGAGAACAUCGGCAACUACAGCGGACGGUGCAAGACAUUGGCCGGCUGGUCCCGUUCUCGGUUUUCAUCCUCGUGCCCUUCGCCGAGCUGCUUCUCCCCGUUGCCCUGAAAUUAUUCCCCAAUCUCCUCCCCAGCACGUAUGAGGGGCAGAAAUCGAAGGAUACAAAAGCGACAAACCUCAGGGCUACCAGAAAGGAGGUUAGCAGCUUCCUCCGCGACACUCUGAAAGAGACCGGCCUUCCGUUAAGCCCUGCCAACGCGCAAAAGGAGGAGUUUGCCGAGUUCUUCCGGAAGGUCCGUUCCACUGGAGAAACACCUACACCGUCGGAUGUUAUCAAGGUCUGCAAGAUCUUCAAAGAUGAUUUGACCUUGGACAAUCUGUCUAGACCACAACUUGUUGGGAUGUGCAGAUAUAUGAACCUCAAUACCUUCGGCACCGAUAUGAUGCUUCGGUACCAAGUUCGUCAUCGCAUGAGACAGAUCAAGCGCGACGAUCGUGCUAUCAGUUACGAGGGUGUCGACAGCUUAUCAGUUCCAGAGCUUCAAGUCGCCUGCCAAAGCCGCGGUAUUCGGAGUCACGGCGUUUCGCCCGGUGCACUCCGGGAUGAACUGCAAUCUUGGCUAGAUCUCCGUCUCAAAUACGGCGUGCCUUCCACACUCUUGGUAUUGAGCAAUGCGUUCAUGUAUGCCCAGCAAGGUGUGGAGACCGACGAGUUCAACACGCAAAUCGAUGCACUCACGGGCGUCCUAUCCUCCAUCCCAGAGGAGCUCUUCCACGAGAUCGAGCUUGAGGUCCACAAUGCCGAGGGCGCUGCAACCAAUAAGCAACGUCUCGAAGUCCUCAAGGAGCAGCAAGACCUCAUCGAGGAGGAGAACGAGCAAGACGAAGAGAACAAGGAAACGGGCAGAGCUACCCCCCGUGACGACGAGGAUAUUGAUGACAAGGAGGAGCACAGAAUCGAAGCUGGAGCCAACGAGGCUUCAGCUGACAAACAAGUCAAUGAAUCUGUUGAAGCCAGCAAGGAGGGCGAGGAGCUCCAGCGGGAGGAGGCGGAAGGUACUAAGAAAGAGGCGGACCAGAAGUCCUCUUCGUAA